UUACCCUGAUAGCCACCUUAACUUACUAUAACUUACUGUCAAUCUACGUCCGCAAUUUGAAGCAAACUUGACGGAAAGAGUUGGCAAAGCGAGCGAUUACCUAUUAGUUACCUAUAACUUACUCUGCAAAUAGACGUCAAAACUUGCUGUACAAGUAUUUCCGUCAAAUUGUAGUAAAGUUGAAAGGAAAUUUAAGUACAAGUUUGAUUGUUAACUUGUAUUCAAGUUGCGGCCGUAGAUUUCCGUCAAUUUGCUUACAACUGUUGUUGAGUGAAGAAUUACCGCCAACUUGAUGUAUAAAUUAACGGUAACUGCUGGAAGUUAACACUUACUGAGAAAGCGCUGGCUAUCAGGGUAUUGUAAUCAAACGGCGCAUUUUUAUAACUAAACAUUUAUCGUACGGGUCUAGAAGACAUAUGAAAAAAUAGCAUGUGAGAUAAACGACAUUCGAAAUAUUUACGUUUCGUAUAUUUCAAAGGUAGGGACUUUUACAAAUCGACUAAUUGCUGUUCGGAACCAAGUGGAAUCGAACCAUUGAAUAUCUGUCAUUCCUCUCGUCUGCCCAUUAAAUUUGUGAAACAUGGUCAUAAGUACUCGUUUUUCUGAUUUUCUAACCUUAAGAUUGUUUAAGAUUGAUCUCCAUAAUCUGACAGAUGACGGAUGACAAAUGACAAAAAUGAAUGAUAGGCCUGUAGAGUCUAUAUCCCACUGAAAAUAAAAAUGAUAAUAAGUGUAAAUAUUGAUAAAAAUAAAAAAAUUAAUUAGUGAUAAGGAUGAAUCAAUCUCGUGCAGAAAAAAAACAAAACCAAUUGCCUGCUUGGCUUUGGCCGACAUCAAAUGUAUUACCUUCCAUGUAUCGUAAAGUUUGGGAUACUGUGAAAGAGGAAAGCCUGGGACUGGGUGCAAUGCAAGGUGAAUUGCUUGUGGAUACUAAUAAAGUAUUUCCUUUGCUGUUAACUAGUCAACUACCUACUGAAGUACUAGGUUACAUAUGGAGUUUAGCUAAUCAAAAGUAUGCUGGGCAACUUACAGAACAAGAACUCUACAUCGUAUUGGCACUUACAGCAAUUGCACAAACCUCCUACACAUUUACGAAUCUCGAUGUUCUCCAUAUGCUACCUGGACCGCCGAUUCCUCAGCUAAAUUUAAACAUUUUGUAUUCUAAUGCAUUGCAGUCACCAAUUUCAGAAACUAGUUUUAUUGGAAAUCUUGAUAAUAAGCAUGAUCGACGAAGUAAUAACAAAAAUUUAAAUGCUUAUCCUUCAACCAUUCUCAGUGUCAUUAAUAAUUCAUCAGUUAACGAGCCGAAGAUUGAUCAGAAGAUGUCAAAUGUGCUGGUUAAUAAAAGUUGUGUUGAUGAAAAAGUAAUCUCUGUAGGUCAUAAUGUUAAAGCUUAUCAUCCAACAAAUUCAUCAUCGUUAGAUUUGAAUGAUGAUUUUACUGAUUUUCAAAGCGCUCCUAUUCCUCAAAUAUCUAAUACUUCUAAUACAAUAAAAUGGGAUUAUAAACAAGGCUCAGCGAUCGGUAGUAGGCUAGCUAAUCAUAAUCUUAGUGGAGGAAUGAAUCUUAUUGAGAAAAAAAAAACAAAUUCAAAUAAAAGUAAUCAUGGUAAUUUGAUGGAAUCACCAGUUCUUAAUAAAGACCGUCCGAUUGAUCAUCAUUCUAAUAAUUUAUUCUCAAAAUGUAUUGUAAAGAAUCAAGCUAAAACAGUCAUUCUUAAAGAUACUAUUAUCAGGAGUAAUAGUGAGACGGUGCAACAACAAAUACAAAACAAUUCUCGAGAAGUAAAUAUUGUUGAGAAUAUAGAAAACACGCCAGUACCUGAAGUAUUACCGAAUAUACCGGCUGUUACAGGGCUUGAUAAUUUAGCACAAGAUUUAAUGAAUCUCCAACCAGUUGAAGAUAAAUACAGUGCGUUGAGAGUACUCGUUGAGGAGCCCUCAAAAUCUACUAUCACUGAAGGUACUGAUUCUGAUCUUUUUGAUGAUUUUGGUGACUUUGUAUCCGCAGAACAAUCAGCGGAGCCAGAAGUUUCAAAUAAUGUUCAAAUUAGUAUUGCCAGUGUUGAUGAUUCCAUGGAUUUAUUUACUGAUUUCGAACAAUUUUUACCUAGUGUUAAUGAUAAAGAAGAAAUUUCUUUUACACAAGAGACUAUUGAAGCUUUUGCACAACUUGAAAUUACUGUGAGUCCAGAAAAAACCUUAAACUUUCUUGAAAAGAAGUAUGAAGUUACCAUCGAUCCAGAAAAAGUUAUGCAGAAAGAAGAUAUAGCUUCGAUUAACAGCAUCGAAUUGGGUAAUGGAAGAGUUAUAACUCGAUCCAAUUCAGUUCCAAGCUUAGAUCUUAAAUCAUUUCUUCCUGCUAAUUUUGAAGAAGAUAAGGAAACAGAAAAUAUGUAUCAGUUGAUUUAUUGGGAGUGGAAACAAUACAUGGAGAGUUGUGUUUUACUACUUCAAGUCGCUGCCAAUAUAUUUACAAAUAUUAGUUCCGAUAAAGUACUCCAAGAAGUACUCAAUUCUGGCCAAGGUUACAAUUUUCUUUGCAAUUUAGCUGAAGUUGCUAGUGUUUGUCGGCGAGUUAAUUUUGCUCACAAGGAAAUGGAUAUAAAUAUAAUGAAUUUUGAUGAUCUUCUAACGGAAAUUGAUAGAUUAUGGGCUCAAAUGGAGCCGUUUUAUUCAAAUAUUCCGAUUGUUACAGAAUUACCAACGUUCCCACAGCACCCAAACUGUAAUACAGCAUGCGCGCUUUGUUUAACAGCGGUUACUAGUAAUAAAGUUACUUACAAUGAUAAUGUUUAUCACGUAACUUGUGCUAAUUUGUGGCUUAAUUGUGUUAAUCAUAAUUUACCAGUUUUACGUUACGUGUCGUCUCAUGAACAUACUAAUAUUGCUGAAAAGACUUAUUAACUAGUUUAUUAUUAUUAUUAUUAUUAUUAUUGAUAUUAGUAUUGUUUAGAAAAAAACAAAGUAAUUUUAUUCCUUCCAAAA